AUGCAUGAGCUUUUAUUGUCACUAAACAGUAAAGGGAAGUCAGCCCACGGGGUCAUCAAUGAAAUUGCCAAGAAGUACGAUGUGCGUAGGAGGACACUAGGAAGGAUAUGGAGACAGAUUCGAGAUCAAAAAAAGAAUAAUCAAGUACCAAUAACUGUCAACAACAAGAAGAAAGGCAGCAAAGGAAGGCCGUCCAUCCCCUUUGAUGAAAAAAGUUCAAGUCAAUUGAAAAGGCGAAGAAGACAAGUUUACCAGCACUGUCAAAGGCCAUGGGAGUUAGCCAAACCACAAUUUGCAGAUGGAAAAGAAAAAAAUGAGCAAACAAGCAACUUCACAUUUAAUGACAUGUCAAAUGUAUUGCACAUGGAUGAAAAGUUGUUUUACAUUACAAGGACACAACAAACAUUUUAUCUGACUCUAGAUGAAAUAGAGCUACAUAGAGAAAUCCAAUUUAAAAGAUUUGUGCCCAAGAUCAUGUUUAUGUGUGCCAUUGCAAGACCAAUCUUUUCUAGUGAAGGUGAGAUGAUUUUUGAUGGAAAGAUAGGCAUAUUUCCUUUUACACAUGAAGUGGCAGCACAAAGAAGUUCAAAAAAUAGGAAGAGAGGAGAGCCAGAGACCAAACCAAUACAAUCAAUCACUAAAGCCACACAAGAGAUAUGA